AUGUCGAACAUUGAAAGAACUAAGAGCAAAGCCGACUCCAUGGGAGUUGACCACAAGGAGACUAUCCUGGCUGUUGAGGUUGCGGAGGAAAGCAACACAACUGUUUGGAAACUUCUUAGAGAGAACGUUCGUGUGAUUAUCUUCACUUGGUUCGCUAAUUGCGGUGCAUUCCUUUUUGGAUACGAUGUUCUUGUUCAGGGAGCCAUCAAUGCCCUCCCCAUGUUCUCAAUCACCUUUGGUUCCCCCUUUGGCGAGACUUUUAUCCUUCCAGCUCUAUGGCAAGGUCUCUGGCAAGCCUUUAGCGCAAUGGGAAUUAUGAUUGGCGCAGCAAGCAACGGCUUUCUUCAGGAUCGAUUUGGCCGAAAGAUCAUGUUUGGAGUUGGAGGUCUCAUCUCUGCUGUUGGAACGGCAAUUAUUUUUGUGUCCGGCAACCCCGAGACUGUCGAACAAAGACGCGGUGUUCUCUUGGUUGGAAAGUUCUUCAUUGGUCUGGCCAUGGGUAUUAGCAUGUCGACUUGCCAAACAUACGUAUCUGAGAUUUCACCACCCAAGCUUCGAACUAUACUUCUCGGCUUUUACCCCUUCAUGAUCACUGUUGGCCAGAUGAUUGCCAUUACUGUCGUGUUCAAGGAAGUCGCUACAAUGACACACUGGGCCUUCAAGAUCCCCUUCGCUUCCCAGUGGGCUUUCUCCGCCUACUCCGUCAUCGCAUCCCUCGUCGUCCCCGAAAGCCCUGUAUAUUUCGCCGGCAAGAAUAGAAUUGACCAAGCUAGAAAGGCUCUGACUACCCUCGGCUGCGAUAACAUCGACGAACGAAUUGCCAUCAUCGAAGCUACAAUCCAACAAGAGCAGAGAAUGAAUACCGAGCAGCCUUCGUUCUCGGAGUGCUUCAAGGGGACCAACCUGCGACGGACUCGUAUCGUUGCUCUGCUCAACACUCUUCAGCAGUUUAUGGGAAUAACAUUGGUCUCAAACUCUACCUACUUCUUCAUCAUGGCUGGCAUGACUCCGACAUUCUCUCUUACACUGAAUCAAAUCGGUGUCGGGUUGAGUAUGGCGUGUACUCUUGUCUCUUGGGUCAUCAUGUCCAAGGUUGGCCGAAGAUUUGCUAUCCUCGCAAGCUUCGCUGCCGCUGGCACCAUUUUUAUUGGAAUGGGUAUUGCUGGUUUCUGGCCCCAAAACCAGACAGCCUUGAGAUUCAUCGGCGUAUCUCUCCUUCUAGCUGCUUGCACUGGUAACUUGGGCACAGGCUCAGCGUAUCCCAUUGUGGCAGCCGAAGUCCCCUCAACCGUCCUCCGAGCCAAGACUCUUGGUAUCGGUUUCUUUGUUAACGCCUUCAUGACGUGGGCUUUCUCUCUAUGUGUUCCAUACAUGUUUAAUGCUGAUCAGGGCAACCUGGGAGGCAAGAUCGGCUUCGUCUUCUUUGGUUUCUGUGUCAUUGGAUUUGUUCUUAGCUGGAUCGAGAUUCCCGAGACCAAGAACAUUACUUAUGCCCAGAUUGAUUAUCUCUUCCAGACCAAGACUCCGGCGGCAAAGUUCAAAGAGAGGUCUGCUACUGCGAUUACUGAGGAGGCAUGA